AUGGAUAAAGCAAUGCUAGCUAUGUCUCUUACAGAUGAUGAUGAUGCACCUUAUAAUCUCCCGGAUCUUCCUCAAUACUAUGCUACAGAAAGAAACUCAAACAGUUUGAUCGGUCGUCUUCUCAACCCAACUCAUCAAAAUAUGGCGAAACUGAUCCUUGAGAUGCCUCGCAAAUGGCAAAAAUAUAACCGCGUUAGAGGAAUCGCUCUUACAAAAGAGAGAUUUCAGUUUAUUUUCAACCAUGCACAUGAUCUAGAAGAAGUUCUAGAGAAAGGUUUCCAUACCUUUGAUGAUUGGGGCCUAGCGGUUGAAAGAUGGGUUGAACGUCCUCCUCCGGGUUUUCUCCAAAACGUACAAAUCUGGAUGCAAAUCAAGAACAUACCGGUGAAUCACUACACGAAACCGGCUAUCACUGAACUCGGUGGUUUAAUUGGUCAUGUAGUAGAAGUGGCUUUUGAUCCUGACAAGCCUCAGAGACAAGAUUAUGUACGAGUCAAAAUUCUCCUUGAUGUCUCUAAACCGUUGAAGAAAUCAAGAAUUCUAAAUUUACCAGGAGGAGGGCAAACUACAAUCCUCUAUUUUUAUGAAAAAGUUCAGAAGCGCUGUACUCACUGUCAGAGGCUUACACAUGCAAAGGAUCGUUGCCCUUUUCUAGCUCACCAACAAGACAUUCCGAGGAACAUAACUCCUAAUGUGUCCUCUUCUCAACAGGGUCAAGCUCAUCUUACCUUAUCUGAAUCAGAUCCUCUCUAUGGAGUCUUGAAUGAGAAUCAGGUGGGCAUCAAUCCUUUAACUGGACGGCCAAAGAUAAACCCGGAGGUUCUACAAGAAAUGAGGAACUAUCUUUUGGCGUCAAAUAAUGAAGACAGAUUGAUCAGGGAACAAAGAGUGAUAUCAUCGGUUAAAGAAGCAGAGAAUGAUCCUAUCACAAGGAAAACGAUCUUGCAGCUGGAACCUCCUCCAAUUUUCACCACAAAUCUCAACAAAGGAAAAGGAAUUGUGUUUGGAUAUGAUACUGACUCUUCCUCAACACAGUCUCUUGUCAAAGAUCACCAAAGUUCGAAGCUAAUGGCUGGAGCGAUAGCGGCAGGACGUAAUCCAGCUUAUAAGGAUCUGGAUGCUUUCUCUAGACUCUCUCUUCCUUACUCUUCAAGCUCAACGGGUACUCAGUUCACCUCUUCCUCAACUGAAAUCUCCGGAGCUUCUCUCAUCAAGGGUAAGAGGCGUCGAAGACCAGGGAAAUUCACAAGGUUAGCUCGCUCAAAAGAAAGAACAACAGCAGUUGCGGGUUCUUCGAAGAAUCCUAUUUUAAAAGAAGCUGGUCAAGUUAAAAGGAAAGCGGAAGUAGACUUGGGGGGUGCAUCCAAAGUUGCUCGAAACAAUGCAUCAAAGACGGUCCCAACUGAGGGACUGUCCAACGUUUAA